CAAUCCUUUUUUGCACGGUCACACUUUUUGGUUGACAGUGCCAGGAAACGCCUCGAAUCAUGUGUAAAAGGAAUGCGGCUACAGCAGCCUUUCCAGCUGCUCCUUCACCUUCUGUCCUUCUCCCUUCCCCCCUCUUCCUUUUUCUGCAUUCCGCUCGGACUCGGGCAGUACCAGCAGCGUGGUCCUCUUGGUGCUAGUCCCACUACUCCAUCACUCACCCACUCUCUGCACACGCCAUUGCCGCGUCUCCUCUUCGUGCCCCAAACCGAGCAGGCCAUAUUGCGUUGUACCGCCUUUAAGCGCACCCGCUCCACCACGGACACAGGGGAGGCUCCAAGCAUCGCCGCCGAGCGCAACCUCGCCGGUUCCUCCUCUCUGCCAGAUCCUCCACCCGCCGGCCGCCGCUCCUCUGUCGGUCCAGUCGGGCGGAGAUCCGUCCAGGCGGGGACCGGUUCUUCCUCGUGUUUCGUGUCGGUUAGUAGUAAUCCUCCCUUGCUUGGAUGAGACAGCUAGCACAGCGUCAUUGCUUGCUUGGAUGACGAAUUCCAGCUUGGCCUGCUCACAUUUGCGGUAGUUCCGUUUCGUGACGCAUCGGUUCUUGGCUCCGUCUUUCCUAAUUGCUCCCUUUUUGUGCCGAAAUCCUCAAAGCCUGCAGCUUUAAUAUCUCCUUUCGGUUCCAGGGGGCUUAAACCCUGCCUACCUACUCCAUCUCAAGCUCCGUGGUUGGACAUCUCUUUUAUUUCAUUUGCAUGAACAGUGCUUCAAUUGACUCUCUGCAAAGAAGAAUCUCGCAAUGCGGCUCAUCUUCUUGUGCCUCUCGAUCUGGGCCGUGGCUGCCGCUGCCUCGGGGGCUGGUUUAGACAUGGAGGCGCUGCUGGAGUUCGGCAGAGGCAUCCGGCAAGACCCGUCCCGCCGUGAGGUCACCCCCUGGAACCCCACCAGCGCGCUGGACUCUGACGGCUGCCCCGUCGAUUGGUACGGCGUGCAGUGCAGCGGCGGCCAGAUUCUUUCGAUUGUGUUUGACGGCAUUGGGCUUGUUGGGAAUGCUAGCUUGUCUGCGCUUGCAAGGAUGCCCAUGCUUCGGAACUUGUCCCUGUCGGGCAACAAACUGGAAGGGGUCUUGCCGCCUGAGCUGGGGUCUAUGGCUUCGUUGCAGCUGCUGGAUCUGUCGAGCAACAGGUUCUCUGGUCCAAUUCCGUCUGAAUUGACUAAGCUUGCUGGUUUGGGAUACCUCAAUCUCUCUUCCAAUGGUUUUGGUGGCGUGUUGCCGUUGGGUUUCCAGAACUUGAGGAAAUUGAAGUACUUGGACCUUCGUGGCAAUGGCUUCACCGGCAAAUUGGACGGCAUAUUUGCACAGCUGCAGAGCCCAAUCCAUGUUGAUUUGAGCUGCAACCAAUUCUCAGGGUCCCUGACAUCAGUCUCUGACAACUCAUCUGUGUUUAGCACGCUGCAGUACUUGAAUAUUAGCCACAAUGUGCUAUCAGGGCCACUGUUUGAGAGUGCUCCGAUGCCUUUGUUCGAUAUCCUCCAGGUGUUUGAUGCAAGUUUCAAUAUGCUCAUCGGCAAUAUCCCACAGUUUAACUUUAUGAUUUCCCUCAAGGUGCUGUGCCUUCAGAACAAUAAUUUUUCUGGCUCCAUCCCAGAAGCACUCUUUCGGGAGACCUCUAUGGUGCUGACUGAACUUGAUCUUAGCUGCAACCAACUUACAGGUCCAAUUAGACGUGUAACAGCGAUGAAUUUGAAGUACCUAAACUUGUCAUGCAAUAACCUUCAUGGAACUUUACCAAUCACAUUUGGAAGCUGUUCAGUCAUUGAUCUGAGUAGAAACAUGCUUUCUGGGAACUUAUCGGUUGUCCGAACAUGGGGAAAUUAUCUUCAGAUGAUUGAUCUGAGCUCAAAUAGAUUAACAGGAACUUGGCCAGAUGAGACAACUCAGUUUUUGAGGCUGACAUCAUUGAGGAUUUCCAACAACUUGCUAGCAGGAGAACUGCCAACUGUCCUUGGAACUUAUCCGGAGUUGAUUGCCAUUGACCUUAGUCUCAAUCAGCUUCAUGGACCAUUGCCUGGAAAUCUGUUUACAGCAGUUAAGUUGACUUUUCUAAAUCUUUCAGGCAACAGUUUUGCAGGGACUCUCCCCCUUGCAAAGUAUGAUACCAAGAACUCGACUUCUAUAGACUUGUCCAUUUUCCCUGUGCAAACUUCAAACCUCUCAUUUGUUGAUCUUUCAAACAAUUCUUUGAACGGCUCACUGCCUACGGGCAUUGAUGAUUUGACUGCAUUGACAUUGCUGAACCUUCAUCAGAACAACUUUACUGGGCAAAUCCCAAAAACAAUCACCAAGCUAAAGCAUUUGCUGUACAUUGACUUAUCAAACAAUCAUUUCAAUGGUAGCAUACCUGAUGGCCUCCCUGAUGAACUGGUUGAGUUUAAUGUCUCCAACAACAACCUGUCUGGCUCUGUUCCGAGCAAUUUGCUGAAAUUCCCAGAUUCAUCGUUCCAUCCAGGGAAUGAAUUACUUGUUCUUCCUCGCUCUGAAUCACCAAAUGACCCUGACAAAUCAGCUGAGGGCAGACACGGCAUGAAGCGUGGAAUUCUAUAUGCACUGAUUGUAUGUGUUGUUGUAUUUGUUACUGGGAUCAUUGUGCUUUUACUUGUACAUUGGAAGAUUAAUAGCUGGAAGAGUAGCGGAAAAUGUACUGGCCAAAGUAAACAACCUGCAACUCAAGGCCAGAGUGUUCAGAGAAGUGCAGAAACUCUGACAGCUGAAAUGCACGAUGUAUCAUUAGGAUCAUCGCCGACUGCAGAGUAUGGAGCUAUUUCAUUGCCUGGCAAGGAAAGACAACAUGAAUCCCAAGAUGUGCCUGCUGAUGCUGCUUGUUUCAAUGAGCCAACCGGUAGUAGCUCGGCCCUUAAAGACAUCACCAAGUCUUCGAUGCCUUCUUUGACAUCAUCACCUCCUGAUGCGCGUGCCCAGCAUCAUCACUCUAUCCUUAGAGUGCACUCUCCCGACAAACUGAUUGGGGAUUUACAUCUUUUUGACAAUUCAGUUGUGUUCACGGCUGAAGAGCUCUCUCGUGCCCCUGCUGAGAUAAUUGGUAGGAGCUGCCAUGGGACAUCCUACAAGGCUACACUUGACAAUGGGUGCAUGCUGACAGUGAAGUGGCUGAAGGAGGGCUUUGCUAAGAGUAAGAAGGAAUUUUCUCGUGAAAUAAAAAAGCUUGGUAGUGUCAAACAUCCCAAUCUUAUCUCCUUGCGAGGCUACUACUGGGGGCCCAAAGAGCAUGAGAGGAUCAUCAUAUCAGACUAUGUAGAUGCCACAUCUCUGUCUACCUACUUGUCUGAAUUGGAAGAGCGGAAUCUCCCACCUCUAUCAGUGGGCCAGCGGCUGGACAUCGCGAUUGACAUUGCCCGCUGUAUAGAUUACCUGCACAAUGAGCGUGUGAUCCCACACGGCAACAUUAAGUCGUCGAAUGUCCUGAUUCAGAAUUCCACUCCAUCUGCUCUGGUUACUGACUACAGCCUUCACAGGCUGAUGACUCCGAUCGGCAUGGCCGAGCAGGUCCUAAAUGCUGGGGCCCUCGGGUAUUCCCCACCUGAGUUUUCAAGCACUAGCAAGCCAUGCCCAUCUCUAAAGAGCGACGUAUAUGCCUUUGGUGUAAUUCUGCUUGAACUGUUGACAGGGAAGAUUGCCGGUGAGAUCAUCUGUGUGAAUGAUGGCGUGGUUGACCUGACGGACUGGGUGAGGAUGUUGGCACUGGAGGAGCGUGUUUCAGAGUGCUAUGACAGGCACAUUGUGGAAGCUGAAAGCUCAGAAGGCGCCCCAAAGGCUCUGGAUGACAUGCUGCGCAUCGCAAUCCGGUGUAUACGGUCUGCUUCAGAGAGGCCGGAGAUACGGACGGUGUUUGAGGACCUCUCGUCCCUCUCCUCAUGACCGGAGUUCUUUAUAGUGUACAUCUCGUACUUGCAUCAGCUUGUGAAAACUUGGAGAGGGUAUACUAACAUUGUUAGGAUUUUGUGGCGAUGUGUGUAGUCUCCUUGAGCAUUCAUUGUUUGGGUUGCCCUUCCUUGGAAUAGUUAAGUUAUUUAGUUAGUCCACAAUUUUAGGAGUAGAUGAUUGUGAGAAUUGAGUUUGUGCAUUGUGAUUUCGGACAUCAGAAAGAAAAAUAAAGAAAGUUGUAGUGGUGAUUUAUUGUUC